UUGUUUGUAAGUAAUCGCCACUUUGAAGCGUUAACUACUACCAGAAGAUCAUUUCAUUGCAGCCGAUUACAGCUGCUGGAUACAGCAAGCAUAAGGACUCUCAGUAACUUAUAGUAAAGUAAACUAAUUAAAAUUAAUAACAAGUAUAUUUUGUAGCCAGUGGAGGCCGAAAAAUGCUAAUACCGCCAUAUUACCUGAUGAUGAUUGCUUCGUGCAUAUCAAGUUCAACAUCGUCUGCAGAAUGGAUUGGUUGUAGAGUUCCGCCUAGUUUAUCGAUUAAAAUUGGUAACACAACGAUAUUUAUUAAUGAUGCAAAAAUUAACGUGCAAUACGACAGAAAACAUUUAGCAGUUUACGAAUACUGUGAUACCAAUGCAGUUAAUAUUUUAAUUAAUAAAACUGCAGUAACAUUUUCAGGUCGUAUUCUACACUUAAACAACAAUCUUAAUUCUGUCGCAUUAAAAACCUCUAAAGUACUCGAUACUCAAAUAGCAGGGACAGCCCAGCUAAUGAAAAGCAAAUACAAUGACAACACAUUAAUUGAGUGUGAUCUAUAUCUGGCGAGACGCAGAAAAGAAGAUCGCGAAAAUGCCGCAGCUACAAUUCACUUAGAAAUCUUACAUCAAGCAGCCUUUUGCAUACGAGCAGAAAUAUGUAAAAAAUUAGGCCGAAUUACCGAGGAUGAUUUUAGAAAUGCCAAAAACCAUCCUUUUUCUUUCGGACGACUUGCAGUGAAAGCAAAUAAAAAUAUCAAUGGGCCUAACGAAGUGAACACAAUGGAUGUAAAUAAUCUAACAUCGUUAGUAACUUCGGUUGAACAGUUUGACUUUAAUAAUGUCAAUAGAGAUAGUCUCCAGUCAACUGUUAAUAUACUUGUGGAUUUGGCAAUUGCCGAAAUCGUCAGAAAAGUUAAAGAAGAAAAUCAAGGAACUAUCAAGAUACCGGACAUAAACAAAAGAUUUAUAGAAAACUCUAUGUGGAAACCACAUGGUGAAUUUGAUGCUAUCGACGGAAUCUUUUCAGAUCUAACUACUUUAUCAAGAACUGAAGAUGCACAUUUAUCGCAUAAUGGUCUAAAAUUUGUCGCUUCCUGCGGUUUUGGACUUUCUAAAGCAAACAUACAUUAUAAAAAGUAUAAGUUAAAAUAUGGAGUCAAGGUUAGUGGCGAAUUAUCGGUUACAAUAGAUGGAAUCGCCAUGGCACUGUCUGCUGCCGUUGAUUAUAAUCAAACGCCGUGUCGAGUGGUAUUACAAGAUCUACGAUUUACUAAACUUGGUAACAUUAAGAUAAAAAUGACUGGAUUAGGGCCAUUAAAUAGCUUUGUGUCCAAAAUAGUAACCUGGAUCGUAACGAAGCGGAAAGAACAAAUUAUUACUGAAGUCGAAAGCCAAGUCAAAGAUAUUGUUCAAAAACAUUUAAUCAAAUUUAACUGUGAAAAAUAUAGACCAUAAUUACUUUUUACCGAAGAGAUAAAAGAGUACUACAUGUUGCAAAUUUACUUUAUUUGUAAUACUUAAAGAUAAUUUAAUAUAUUUAUUUUGAGUGCCAUAAGAUGAUAUCUCAUGAAAACGAUAAACCUAUUGUUAUUCAUUAUUUAUAUUUUUGACUCGAUUAUGUAAUGUAAUACUUUUACCGAAAAGAAUUUACACUUAUAUUCCUGAUACUCGGGACUUGUAUUAUUAGAUUUAUUUCGUUAACUUUUUUGAACAAAAAAUUGAUAUUGAUUGUAAUUAACAAAUACAAAAUUUUUAUUUGGCGAAGUAAUUUUAUCAAAAUAAACUAUUCUUUUAUUUUUGC